UUUAUGUAUUUAUAGUGAACUGUAUCCCAGUAAGUUUGUAGAAAGACUUUUACAGGUAUGUGAAAUAUAAGAUAAUCUUAUAAAUUACAAAAGGGGAAAAAGAAUUAAAUUCAUGGAUAGGCUCAUUAAAAAUGAAGCUAAUGUCCAGACUGGACAACACUAAAAUAAUGACUUGCCCACUUACCUCUGGUUGGACUGUAAAUUUGACUUUAGGCCUUCUAGUAGUCUACCAAAAAUGAAAGGUAGUUUUGCAAUUUACAAUAAGAUAAAAAUAAGACUAUUGCUGAGGAAAAGCAUAAUAGUUCUUGCUACAAAAAUCAGAGAGGAAUUUUUCUGAAUGAGUCCAUGUGAAAAUGAUGCUGGGUGAUCUAACAACACUCCAGCAACAACUUGCAGGAAGAGCAAGGGUGAAUUUCAUAGAGCUGUGUCCUGUAACAACUAUCAGUACAGGCUCAUGUAUCACAACAAGCACUGUUCAUAAAAGGAAUAAUCCUGUGGGGUGCAGCAGGCCCAAUAUGCUGUGAUUCACAGAACCCAGUUUUCUGAUGAUCUGACUUGAAUUCAGCACAUAUUUUAGAAAAUCUGGCAAAUGGAAUGUAUUUUCCUUGGUCAGUUAUUCUUAAAUGUCUUUUUUUCUUCUGAGAUGAACUUUGUCAAAUAUUUGAUAGCAUUGAUAGACAUGUUCCAGGAGCAGAGCUUUUCAUUUUGUUCCAGGUACAUACCAACACUUAUGCUUUAACAGAAUGCAGUUUGAAGUUGGAUUGACUUCUUUGAAAACUGAGAAGCCAAAUAAGAAUACUAGCCUCAAGAGUCCUUCAGCCUUAUGGAUGAGCUGAAGAUGUGCCUUAGUAAAAAACUCACCCUAGUAAAUGGUUUUGAAUCUGUUUUAAUGUGCACCUAGAGAGUAGCAUGAAACCCCAAGGCUCUACCAUGCUCUGUGUUAUGGUCACAGUAAAUUGAGCAUGGAAGAUUUUUCAUACAUAUAUAACCAGUUACCCACCUGGUGGAAAAACACAGGACACUCAUCAAACUUUGUCUGGCUUUGAGCAGUGUGAUUCCUGGUUUAUCUUUGUUGAUAAACUACUUGCCAAACAUACACUGAGAAAAUCAGAUGAAGGAACUCAUUGAGUAGGACUGUUAUUUUAUAAGUCAGUUAAAAAUGACGGACCACUUACCAAAAGUAAUAUAUUCGAUUACAGAAUCGGUGAUCUUUAGCCCUUAUUUUCUGGCAGGAAUUAGUAAACAAAGGCAUUCCUUAUUAGUCAUAACAAAAUUAUGGUACCCUAAAGUUUUAAAAAUAAUGAUAAUUAACUGCCUAUCUCAAACUUAAGAGAAUGAUAUGUACUAGUUUAUACAAAAUGGCAUCAUGUUAUUAAUAAGAAACAAGUUAACAAAAAGUAGGGCUAGAAAAUACCCUCUUACAUCCCACUUAAAAUUUUUAAUCACUCAUCAAGAGCCUUUCUCCUUUUGUGACUCUUGCAGAAUUAGGUGCUGAUUCUGAGUAAACAUCAAUCUGUUGACAAAGAAUUUGCAGUGGGAGAUAAUUAUUGAAUAGCAAGGUUUAUGUUAUUGUCAGAAUUUUAAAACUGCUCUGACUUUGUGAUACUCAUUGCUAUGACUUCUCCUGUUAAUAAUCUGCCUAGAAGUCUGGUAUCUGAUGCUUACUAACAAUUACCAUGUGGUCGCUUAGGGAUGAUAAGUGAUGUUAAUGAGGUCAAAGGCAGAAUAUCAGUUGACUAGAGUGGCAUACUAGAAAUCAGGAAAUUCAGCUUCUAGCCUUGGCUCGGUCAGUGAUUUUAUGAUAUUUGUCAUACCUUGUGAACAUUCUGUACCUUGGCUUCUCCAUCUGUUAAACUGAAUUCAUAAUAACUGUCCUGGUCUAUCUCACAGGAAUGUUGCAUGGACAAAUUAGAUAAGUGUAAAAGUGCCUCGGAGGUAAAGCUGCUCUAUGAAUAUAAAUUAGUGUGAUAUAGCUACUGAAAAGUAUGUUGCAGAGGCUAGAAUGGUUAGUCUCUGCAGGCUUCAUGACUAGAUAAGGGUUCAUAAUGGAUUCCUGCCAAGCAAACCAAGCCCAUCUUAUCAGUUCAUGACCAUAAAGUAUUUAAUGGGGAAAAAAAAAUCCCUUUACAAACAUUUGUUACCUUGAUACAAAUGUGUGUUAAAAAUCAGUCAUGGUGGGGAGGGGGAAAAGGGAAGUUGGUGCACAGUAUAAAAUUUCAAUUAUGCAAGAUGAAUAAGUUCUAGGGAUCUGCUGUACAACAUUGUGCCCAUAAUUAACAAUACUACAUUGUACUCUUAAAAAUCUGUUAAGAGAGUGGAUCUCAUUGUAAGGGUUCUUACCACAAUAAAAUUAAAUUUUUGAAAUAAAUCAGUUAUAUUUGAAUGAAAUGAAAUCUUUCCGAGUAGUUUCAGACAAUCGAUAAUAUCUAGUUUACACUUUCUGUAGUCAUUUUGGAGGGUGAGGAUUUGAUGUGUUUAGUAAAGUUGAGAAAUAAGUAUAUGAAAGAAUGUGUGGGGAAGAGAAAUGAUUGUGGGGAAGAGAAAUUGUCUCAGGUAAUAGUUACUACUAUUUUUAGCACUUUUGACUUACCAAAUUGAGAUUUUUGUUUGUUUCUUUUAUAGAAAUGUCAAAGUCUCAUCUCUGCCUAAACCAUGUAUUUUUUUCUGGUUGCCUCAUGUUCUGUCACAGUUACAGUUAGCAUCCUCAUUCUCAAUCCUACCCAUGGUGCAGACAGAUUGCCUCAUUUCAGCUCAAUAAAACAUAUCACCAAAUUCCCUUAGACAGAAAAAGGGGUGGGGAGUGCCCUUUCUUGAAGGAAUCCCUGAAGUACGCCUCUCCCCUUUUCUCUUCACAUCAAUGCAGAGUCCCGCUGUGAAUUUACAACACCCAACACCCAUGAGUUCAGUCCUUAGGAAGGAAAAUUGAGCAAGUAUGUAAUUGGUUGGACAUUGCAUAAAAGAGGUCCUAUCCAGGCUAACCCUAGAAACUUUUAUUCUCAAACUUGGCCUUUUUUUCUUCUGUCAGAGGACCAUUCUUAGUGGCACUGGGGAAAUCUUGGCACCCAGAAGAAUUCAACUGCGCUCACUGCAAAAAUACAAUGGCCUACAUUGGAUUUGUAGAGGAGAAAGGAGCCCUGUAUUGUGAGCUGUGCUAUGAGAAAUUCUUUGCUCCUGAAUGUGGUCGAUGCCAAAGGAAGAUCCUUGGAGAAGUCAUCAAUGCGUUGAAACAAACUUGGCAUGUUUCCUGUUUUGUGUGUGUAGCCUGUGGAAAGCCCAUUCGGAACAAUGUUUUUCACUUGGAGGAUGGUGAACCCUAUUGUGAGACUGAUUAUUAUGCCCUCUUCGGUACUAUAUGCCAUGGAUGUGAAUUUCCCAUAGAAGCUGGUGACAUGUUCCUGGAAGCUCUGGGCUACACCUGGCAUGACACUUGCUUUGUAUGCUCAGUGUGUUGUGAAAGUUUAGAAGGUCAGACCUUUUUCUCCAAGAAGGACAAGCCCCUGUGUAAGAAACAUGCUCAUUCUGUGAAUUUUUGAAAGUCAACAGUUCAAGAGAAGAGAAGAAAUUUGAAGAGAAAAAGGAAAAUUAAAAUUACUAAUUUUUAGAUUCAAUAUUUAUAUGGAGUUUUGAAAAAUAAUAGUGGCCCUGAAGGAAUAAAUUCCAGCUUUAAAAACCAAGUCUGAGGAAAUAUUUGGCUUCAUAAAGUAAAGAGACAGUUUGGCAUUUAUUAUUACUUUUUCCUGUAUUUUAUGCCCAUAAAAUAACUUUUAUAAAAAACAAUUUCCUGAUGGACUAUUAAAUUCAUCUUAGAAUAAAUUAGUGAAGAAUUUAAUUUUAGAAUAAAUAAUCCAAUCUGAAAUAAUUAUACCUUCUUUCCUUGUUAGGUAGUUAUGAGUAAAUCUGCAAAAGGCAAUGAAAAUGCCUUAAAUUUUAUCAAUAAGAGAAUCACUGUAUUUAAAAAAAGAAACAAAACUAAUACUUAUCUUUAAAAUAGUAAAUAGGAUUUUAAACAGAGAAUUUUAUCAGUAAUAGGUGUCAGUUUUUUAAAACUUGCUUGUAGGCUGAGUGCGGUGGCUCACACCUGUAAUCCCAGCACUUUGGGAGGCCGAGGUGGGUGGAUCACCUGAGAGUCAGGAGUUUGAGACCAGCCUGGCCAACAUGGUGAAACCCCAUCUCUACUAAAAA